CUUAAUGUAGCCUCACCGACUGGUAAAUAUACACCAGCAAGUGUCUGGUCUCCAUGAUGCAAGAGAACGUUGGCGGUUCGGAUGGCAACAAGCGCCGCCGGCGGGUUUGGAUCGCCCAGGAAGAGCUCCAUUCGCUCGCUGCCUAUACGGACGCAACGGAUCGACGUCUGGAGCAGACAGAGAUGAGUUUACGAAAGGAAGUUACGCAAAGAUUGGUGCUGCAGAAACGCCUCCGUGAUGCCGAAUUGAAUCGGCAACACUUGCUGGCGGUCCAAACCCAACAAGAAAUACUGCGCGACGCAUUGGCCGACUCGGUAGCGCAAUUGGCGAAAAAAGUACUGGUGGAGGAGUCGCCCUCCAACGUGACAGAGUCCGACGGAGGGGCGGACGAUCUCGUGCGAAUAAUUCAUACGGCAGGAGAUAGGACUCCGCCUUCUGACGUACAUGGAACAGGCAGUGCGGACGAGAUUGCUCCACACUCGCCACGGGAUGCAGCAAGGACGGCACGCGAUGAACCAGAGAUCUGGCCGGACAACAACGAUACCAACAACAACAACGGCGUGACGGUGUACACUAUUACGGAGGCACGGCCACGCGGUACGGUACAUAUUGACGCGUAUCCUCGCCAUCACGAAACGACCACAUCGCACGGGCACCGUAAAUGCGGAACCCCCCGAGUCUCCUGCUUUAUUCCGUGCCUGGCAUCGCCAAACGCGGUGGCGCGAAUACUCGCCGUUUCAACGAGAGAGGUCUUUGCUUUAGAUGCUGUCAUGCGCGACGCCGGUCAUCGUCGUCAGCUACUACGGUGGACGGCACUGGACUUUGGACUGUGGAGCUCGAAUACCGAAUCUUCCAAGGAUGGGUCCGGGGCGAAAAAUGGUAACGGCGAUCUCCGUAGAGAUGCUUCGCCGAAACGACUUGACCCACAUCUUCCGCUUUGCCCCUACGAAUUGGCAGGAGAGUGUGCCGAUCCUUUUUGCUCCUAUCAACACAUCACCCCGCGGUCGAGUAUAGCAAACGUGAUGCCGCGCGAGUUUUUGCCUCUACCAACCAUUACAAUCUCCAAAAAAGUGGGCAUUUUGUCCGAUCGGAGGCCUCAUGAUCAAAGCGAGGCAACUAGGAAAUACGCGGCAAAAGUUCGAACGAAUGCGGUCGACUCGGAAGAUGGAUAUAUUCCGUUACCACAACCAGCCAAGCCCCCAAUUGCUGCGGCUCCGCAAGAUAGUAGUUGCAAAAACGAACAUUUAGGCUGCCUUGCAUGGUGGGAUACCUCUGGUAUCAUUUCCAACUUUAUGCAAUGCCCUCAUCCUUUCUCUCAAAUACGCGAGAUCUUUUCGUUUGAUACUGAUGAAGUGAGAUUUCUUAUUGAAGACUCGGAUCGCAUUCCUUCCGCUCUUUACAUAUGGCUGGGUAAAGUUUCGGGAAUAUGCGCUCUUUCAACCCAUGCCGGGCGCUUUGAUGUCGCAUGUUCGCUACUGCAGGACAUCAAUCGGAGGUUGCGAGCAAAACAGCAGGAAACACAGGAAACUGCCCCUAACAAAUCUCCGAUGGUACUGACGAGGUCGAGGAUUGCGGUGGGUAUAACGACUUGUUUUAGUCGCCUUUUGGAAAAGUCUUUUCUAUACGAUUCCAAUCCCGGGGACGACAUUUUUUUGUUUGCGUUUCAAACGCAAUUGAAGAUUUCUCUUGUUUCUGCCUAUCUCCAUAGUCUCUACACACAGGAGAUCGAUCCGACAUUUUCGUCAACACAAACACUCCAUCACUUCGAAGAGAUAUGGGUUGGUUUGGAAGCUGCACUUACAUCCGUACCGCCCGCUUAUUGUGAGGUGAUGGAAUGGGAAAAGCUGCAGCAAGUACUCUUUUCCGCUUCAAGGGAUGAGGACAGGGGGGAGAAGCCUCGGAAACCUAGGCAAAACGAUAUCAACCACGGCACCGCUAGCCUAUUCUUUUUGUCGUCAGGCGGAACUUUGGAGUGUUUGAGCCUGAUUAAUCGGGUUCAAUUUUCAUUGAACGCAAUCGCUUCCCUUGACUCUCUGAUGAACACUGCUCUUCGUUCUUCUUGGAGCGCGUUCAACCACUUGUUCGAAGACAAGAAAUCAGGAUCAAGCUCCUCUCGACACGAUCUCCUAUUUUUUUCGCAGAUUGGAUCCAUUGUUCUCGCUUGUUUGCGUCGAGCUUCGACCGCUAUCGAGUUGAGUGAUACAGGAUUUGCAAAGUCGCUGAUGGACUACAUCGAACUGUACAAUUUGACCGAGACAAUUCUUUGCUGGCUUGAAUCGAUUCCGUCCACUGAGUCUUGGAUCGAUCUUCUCCUUGCACCGCUAUUUGCGGCCAACAUCGCUCUCGGCUGUAGGCUGCAGCAAUACGAUAAGAUUUGUCGCCGGCUUCAAGAUUUUUUGAUGCAUAGGCCAAGAAAUGAAAGCUGUGCAGGGCUUUGUACAUUUUCAGAGCUUUUGUGGUCCCAAUAUAUUCAGCUUCACUUCACUUUACCCUAUAACAUAGCAAUGGGUAACAUGGACGGUCAAAAUGGACAUUCAUCACUGACGUGGGAGAUUCCAAUGGAGGUCAACAAAUCUCAUCAGGCCAUGUGUCAGGUGUUAUCAUCUCGUGAAGUAUCUCCCCAUCAUGUGGUUGCACCUCACGAUCAAACAAUGGUUUACGAGGUGAUACCUGUACUAUCAAGUGAGUCAAAAAUCUCCUCCGAACGGGAAGACAAAUUUUCCGAGAACGAGAAAGCGGAAGGCGGUCGGGUAUUCACGUCGUCAUGUAGUUCCUCAAUCCGUGACUUCUACAACCUCGAACACGAGCCAAUGUCCUUUGUGUUCCACCGAGACAGUGCAUGUAUGGAAAAUGGCGGUAGUCGGUUGUACCCAGGUAUUCCACUUUCGAUACCAACGGGUUUGCUUUUUGCCGGCUCAUCACUGAAGAGUCUUUCUCUGAAUGGUUUUGGGCUGGAGCGGCUACCUGAUCAUAUGGAUAUGUAUUUUCCGAAACUUACACUAUCCGAUCUUUCUCACAAUAUUUGUUUGUCCAAGAGUCUUGAAAUCAAGGAGAAUUCGUUGGUCAUUUUGCCCGAAUCAAUUUGCAACCUAACGCAACUAAGAGUUUUAAGGAUCGACCGGAAUAUGCUAGGCUCUCUACCGUCAAUAUUUCAAAUGGUCAGCCUCGUGGAGUUGACUGCUGCCAGGAACAAGCUGACGACCCUUCCGGCUUCGCUGGCUGAAUGUCUGAACUUGCAAGUGUUGGAUAUUCUAAAUCAAAUUGAGACGGGCGAAGACCAAGAAAGUCGCUCGUGUUUGUGGUAA